AUGGGAAGCAACUAUCCGCCUUUGCCAGUUUGUACUUUAGGUGCCUUGGGCAUCUUUGGAAGUUUUGGAGGCUUCGGAGUUGUAGGGGAUUUGAAACCCGAAGAGGAUGUUUUCGUUUUCUUUGUCGUUGUGGGGCGACCUGUAGAAGAUGAAAAUGAAGAAUUCACUGACUCCGAAAAAGCCGACGACGACGACAUCGACGACGACGACAAUAUCGAUGAUAGCACAACUGCUCCUACCAGCGACAUAUCUGACGAUGACUCCAGAACCUUCCCACCAGGAGUCACCUGUGGUAACAACCUCCUCCACACCUCUUCUAACGACAAAAAACGACGUGGACACAGAACAUCCGCUGUUCGCUCAGUCACAACCUCCUUUUCUACGACUCCAUCGUUGUCUUCUUCCACAUUCUCUCUUCCCCCAAAACCUGCGACAACACUAUCUACAUCAAACUUACUCUCUCCGACAACAACUAGACGAAGUGGCUACAGAUCAUCUACUGUAUCUACACCUACUAUCACAACUCGAUUGUCGUUUAUAUCCACAUCCACUGUUUCAUCUACAGGUUUUACAGCCACAACUUUCAAUCCAUCUUCUCAAACAACAGCUAGACGACGUGGCCCUAGAAAAUCCACUGUUCGAUUUGCCGGCACAUCUCCCACCACUACGUCCACUGCGUCUACAUUUACUGUCUCUCUGUCAUCCACUGCAACUUCAAAAGUUACACCAACAGCCACGACACCUUCCCAAACAACUACAAUCAAACGAGGUGGACGCAUAACAUCUAAAAUGUCUUCUACUACCCCCUUCUCUUCUUCAACUUUGACUAAAACUACGACAGUUAAACCUACUAAAACUCCUAGUUAUACAAACUAA